GUUGAAGCCUUGAAGGCAGCUUGGCAGCUAUGAGCAAUCUGGCAGACGAUCAGACGUAUAGUAUAGAAUCGAAAAUCGAGUUGGUUAUUGGUUUGUGGCUUGUUAUCAAUUUGUGAUUUGAAGUGCAUAUGAUAUAUCUUUAACGAUUACAUUUGCCUGGUGCUUGAUAUGUAUAUUCUUGUGUAAACCUAUUGUAAGAAGUGUUUGUCAUAAAAUUAAUUGGACCUGACAGUUCACAUUUUCGUGAAGUAGUGAACUAAAACAAAAUUAUUUUGAUUAAUGACAUGAGCGAUAUGCGCGAGGAGCGCGGCCGCGAACCCGUGGAGCUUCCCGAUCAUUGUGCCAAGCAAAACAUUUCACCGCCGCUGCCGCUCGUAUCUACGUGACGCUGAAGCGUUAGUGAAGUGCCGUGACUAGUGCUGUGUCGUGCUGUGCUCGUGAGUGCUAGAAGACAGUGUUGUUGGGGCCGAUGUGGUCGGCGACAUGGCGUACAUGAUGAAGAAGAAGCGAUACAAGUUCGGGGUGCAGGUGUGCCUCGAGGAGAUCACAGAGGUGCCGUUCGUGUCCGCUGUGCUCUUCGCGAAGGUCCGCCUGGUGGACGGAGGCAACUUCCAGGAACAUUCUAGCAGGGAGGAGGUCCGCAACCACAGCGUUCGCUGGAACGCCGAGUUCAACUUCGUGUGCAAGAUGUGUGCCAACGCUAACACCGGCGUGCUGGAGCGCGCCCUGCUCAGGGUGUCCGUGAGGAAGGAGGUCAAGGGCGGUCGUUCCUACCAGAAGCUGGGCUUCUGUGACGUGAACCUGGCGGAGCUGGCGGGCGCCGGGGAGACCACGCGGCGAUACCUGCUGGAGGGUUACGACCUGCGGCGGCAGCGGCAGGACAACUCCGUGCUCAGGAUACGAAUCAAGAUGAACAUGAUCUCCGGCGACCCGCUCUUUAAAGUACCGGAGCGCAAGCAAGAGGCAGCGGAAGGCGGAGUGGUGGACAGCGGGUCGGAGAGCGCGCCGCCUGCUGACGAGGACUGCGCCUCAUCCACGGCUAGUUCCGACUUCGGCUCGCUGACCAAGAAGAAGAACUUCGAGGGCAGCCACUCACAGCCUCUAUCAUCGUUGCCGUCGUGCGAUCUGCCCUCGCCGGAGGGCGACGAGCCUCCGAUCUUACCGGAAUGUCCAACGACUGUACCAGUGAGCGUGGCGGGCGGCGGCUGCGCGGAGUGUUUGCAGCACACACACUCGAGGAACUCCUCCAAUACGUCCGGAGAUAUGAGCAGCAAGGCGUCAGGUUAUGGCAGCUCAGUGUCGGCUGCGUCGGCUCACUCCAGGCAGAGCUCGGAAGGAGACUCCGCCCCCGACUCCAAGCAUCACAAUAGCAUCCACGUGGAGCGCACGACCACAACGACCACCACGCUGUACGUGCCCCGCGGCUGCUGCCACCCCCCCGCCAAACUAGUCAUCGAGCGCACGCUUACCGACUCGUCAGACCUGUACCUCACCCCCGACACUACGCUGAUGCCGCAACCCGAUGUUAUUCCGCGCCACGUGCUGCACUCGCCAUCCAGCGAGGAGUACCGGACCCCGGAUGCCACAAUCGUCGAGGACAGUUCUUUCGCGAUGCCCACUUACUUCGACCAGAAGAGGCGAGCCGUCUCCAUCAUAAGCUCGGUAGUUCAGCCGCUUACGAACUUCCAAAUACUGAAGCAGAAAUCUCUAAACACAAUACCGGCGUUGGUCGAGAAGAAUAAAAAGAGCGAAGAGCUGUUCACGAACUUUCCAUUCCUAACGCCGUUGGCUCAUAGAAAGAACUCUCUGAUCGCCAACCGGCUGUCCGGUUGUCUCGAGGACGAGUUCUACUGUAUACCUUCCGAGAUGGAAGACCAGUUGGGGAAGAUCGACGUUCGGCAUCGGUUCCGGAGCGUGUCGAACCGGACGCUCAACGAGCAGAUGACGUCGACGCCCAAGUCGGAAUGUGACGCCCAGCUGCGGCACAGCGUGUCCGAGUGUGCCAGAAACCCGUCGUCGGGGUCACUGACCGCGUCCGCGUCCGAGAGCGGCUCGCUGGAGCGUGCGCGCGCCGCACUCGAGCGACGCAAACGAGCCGCCAACGUGGCGCCCGCCGCGCACGACGACGCCCAGCACGGCGUGUCGUGCCGCGUGGAGAACACUCGCGUCAACCCGGACUCGCUGAUCGACGAGCUUCUCGCCGGCGCUGACUUCAAGCCCGCGCCCGACGACGCCGCUGAGACGUCCGGGCUGCAGCUGUUCAUCGGACGCGACGGCACGGCCGAGCUCGGCUCCCGGCAGCGGCAGCAGCUCGCACGUCGCGACUACCAGCGCGUGGUGCUGCACCCACACCCCCUGCCGCACCGCGAGCACAGGUAGCCGGAGGCGAGGCAGCCAGUAGGUUAAGUUGAAGCCGAGGGCGGCCCGAUCGUUGUCGACGGAUAUUUAUUUUGUAUAAUAUUGUGUGAGCGCCGCCCACCAUAUUUAUUGUUAUUAAUGUAUUAUAAAUUAUGCCAUAAUCCUAUUGUUUUACGUGAUGUAAGCUGUGUGUGUGUGUGUGUGUGUUGCGACUCGCGUGCGUAACUUCCGGUCUAUAUAUUUUGUGACUGCAGUAUUUGAGUGAGUGUAUGACAUGACGACGUCCGCGACUGAACGUUCCUAUGUUUGUCUGUUCGUCUGUGUGUUCGACACGGUCUUGCACACGCAAUAAAAGAGUCUACCUGUCGGUAGUUGUUGCAGAACCGUGUCGAGAGUUUGACUUGUGAUGAUUACUCUUCCAGACACAAUUACUUCCGAUGUCAGCCAUUUUAUAUUUCAAGUACAUCUGUGUGAGCACUAUAUAUGCUGUUAGUGUGUGUGAACUACAAGUCCAUGGUCCGCUUUCUUAUAUUUCCUAUUAUAGCUGGCGGUUGAUUUUUUCUCGCUUCUCUUUUGAAAUAAUAUAUAAAAUAUAAUUGGUAUUUAUUCUAUAAUUCAUUUCAUAGGACGGCGACAACCACCUUUAAAAUAGACUACACAAUACGGUUUUCCACUCAUAUAAAUUUUUUUUUUGUUUUAAAAACAAAAAUAAUUUAUUUUGCUUUGUCUGUCUACCUCCGUUUGUCAUUGUUUAUUCCGAGAGUCUUAUUUUUUUAUUAUAAAUAUUAACAGUCACAUUGAAAUAGAAACACUUUUAGUACUAAUGAAGGGUACACACAGACGGGACGCGCACAACUUAUUCCGCUGAAGCUUGCCUCGUGACGUGUGCCCUGUGCGCUGCCGGCCCCCCACUGUCACUCAACGGAACAGUCUUAUCUGAGUUGUCUAGUAGUUUUUGUUAUAAGUAUUGCUAUGUUUCCAUUAAAAUAAUUCGAUACAAUCUCUUUAAGCAACGAUACAGGGAUAGUAAUACAAUUGUCUUCCCAGUCAUCCUCCGAAUAUUUGUUAAGGUUAUUAGAGCACUGACGUGUAUAGAUAGAUACCACUGGACAGGCUGUUCCAUAUGUUUGACUUGCUGUCUGUUUCUUGUGCUUAUUUGAAGCGCUACUCGCGAGCGUCUAGAGAACUAAUUUUGACGUAUGCGUAGGAACGUACAACACUCUGAUGUAUUUUUCAUUUUGAAUUAAUUUCGUUCGUUUUACGUGUUAUUUAUACUUCAAGAAUCAACGUAAUAAAGUACAUAUUUUUUUUUGUAAAUAGUUUCCCAUCAUCUAUCGAUGUUUGCUGAGGUCUAGUUUUAGUUCCGCAACUCUCGCUACAUGGCCAAUAGCGCCAAAAUGCCAAAUAUCAAACACAAAAGCACUUUAACAGCCGCCAGUCCAGUGGUAUUUAUAUACAGGUCAUCGGCUAGCGGCGUGUCGCGUGCGUCAACGAGCGUCAGUAAGAACAUCGUAACUGAUAUUUGCGAUGUCCUUUGUGACGCCGCUCGCUGGGUCGUGCGGGGGUCGGGCGGCGGAGGGGGUGGUAUUGAAUGGAAUUGCGCGACGUAUGUGUGUGUGAGCGCAAGUUUUUAUUGUUGUAAGAUGUUAUUGUGUUUGUUGUAAUGCAACCUGUACAGUAUUUGAUUAAAGGACGUGUUUAGAAAUA